CGAAACACUUCCCACCCAAAUGUACAGCUUAUGACGGCAGAUGCUGCUGCGGAAACAACCUGGAAAGUUGAAGAGCCCAUAAUUAUGGCUUCUUCGUAGAAGAUCAAGAGCGAAACAGCGAAAAGAGACACACGGGGAACGCAGAGGGCAAAAAGGAAACAGCGGGGGGAAUUUAAGAAGCCGAAAGAGAGACUUUGAAGGGAUGAAAACGAGCAAAAUGGUGCCUUCUGCCAGCCAAGCCUACAGGAGGCGAUGGUGGAUGGCUGCAACCGCCGUCGUGGAGAAUCUGCUCUUCUCUGCGGUCCUGCUGGGCUGGGCAUCUCUGCUCAUUAUGCUGAAGAGUGAGGGAUUUUAUUCGCACCUAUGUUCAGGGGAGCAGGUUCAUGCUAAUGGCAGCAGCAACUAUGAACACAAGGCUGAUGAGUGGCUCAGCUGUGUGGAGCAGGAGGAGAUGCUCAACCUGGGCUUCACCAUCGGCUCCUUCCUGCUGAGCGCUGCCACCCUCCCCCUCGGAAUCCUGAUGGACAAGUAUGGGCCCCGCCCCCUGCGUCUGGUGGGCAGCACAUGUUUCGCCGUCUCCUGUGCCAUCGUUGCCAUUACUGCGUACAAUCCCACGGCCCUGUCCCCGCUCAUCUUCCUCGCCCUGUCUUUAAAUGGCUUCGGAGGAAUCUGUUUGACCUUCACUUCCCUCACGUUACCAAACAUGUUUGGAAGUCUCAGCUCCACCAUCAUGUCCUUCAUGAUCGGCUCCUACGCCUCCUCCGCUGUCACGUUCCUGGGAGUCAAGCUGAUUUAUGAUGCCGGUGUGUCUUUCCGGGUGAUCAUGUGGGUGUGGUCAGGACUGGCGUGUCUCGUCUUCCUGAACUGCUUCCUCAACUGGCCUGCGGAACCUUUCCUUACACCUGAUGACCUGAGGAAGAAGACAAAGGGUGAGAGUGUGACCCUGGACACCAUGGAGACAGAAAAUUGCCUCUGCAAUGAAGUGACCGCAGGGGACCAGGUUCAGAACCAGAAGGAUCAGUCCUCCAAGCAGCCGUGCAAAGCUGGCGCCGACCAACAAAUCCCGUUCCGCAGGUCUGUCUGUUCCCCCAUCUUCAUGUGGAGCCUCAUCACUAUGGGCAUAACGCAGCUGCGUCUCAUCUUCUACAUGGGGGCCAUGAAUAAGAUGCUGGAGUUCCAGGUCACCCACGGCAACUCCUCAGAGGAACUGUUAACAGAAGCAAAACAUAAAGUGGACUUCUACGCCUCCAUUUUUGGCGCUCUGCAGCUGCUCUGUUUGUUCACGUGCCCCCUCAUCGGCUACAUCAUGGACUGGAAGAUGAAGGAGUGCGAGUCAGAUGAGAGGGUCUGCAAGGAGCAGGACAGAUCUCCGAAGAAAAGUGCAAAGAUCCAGAAACUCAGCAACACAAUAAGAGCCUUCAGCUUCACAAACCUGCUGCUGUUCGUCUUCGGCAUCACCUGCAUGAUAAACAACCUGCCUGUACAGAUCAUCUCCUUCAUCCUGCACACAGUGGUGCGAGGCUUCAUCCACUCUUGUUGCGGAGGCCUUUAUGCUGCCGUGUACCCCCCGAACCACUUUGGGACGCUGACGGGGCUGCAGUCCACCAUCAGCGCCAUCUUUGCCCUCUUGCAGCAGCCACUCUUCAUGCUCAUGUUGGGACCCCUGAGGGGAGACCCUCACUGGAUCAAUCUGCUGCUGCUCAUUUCCUCACUGGCUGGAUUCCUGUUGCCUGGGUACCUGUUUUAUCACCGUUGGAACCUCAUCCAAGAGAGGAGGAAGACAGAAAAGGUGGCAGAUGGCUGUUUAGAUAAGGAGAGUGAAGCUCUGGCCCACGGAAAAAGCAAUGGUGUUGCAUAUUAAAGCAGCAACCAUCUCACACGGGAAGCUUAGGAGGACAAACACAGACAUGAAUUGUUUAUGGCUUUAUUUAAAUGUCACCAAAGUUCUCAUUAUGGUUUAUCUUUGCAACUGUAGCAAAUUACCGGUGUAAAUGUUCAAUUGAAUUUGGCGUCACUU